CUGCUGCUCCUCCGCCCAGCUCGUGCCCCUGAUGCCCCGGGCACUUGGCUCUCCAUGCCCGGAGCCGGGGCUGGCGAGAACGACACGUUCUUCCCCUUCUUUUCGGACUUCAAGGAUGAGAGCGUCCACCUGGGGCUGAGCGUGGUGGAGACGGUGGUGCUGGCCUCGAUCUUCGCCCUGGCUUUGGUGGCCAACGCGGGUGCCAUCCGGCUGGUGCUGCGCCGCAAGGGCCGGCCGGGCGCUGCCAGCUGCUUGGUGCUCAACCUCUUUUGCGCGGACCUGCUCUUCAUCAGUGCCAUCCCGGUCAUCGCGGUGGUGCGCUGGACCGGGAGCUGGACGCUGGGCGAGGCCGUCUGCCACCUGCUCUUCUUCCUCUUGAGCCUGAGUGGCAGCGUCACCAUCCUCUCCCUGGCCGCCGUCAGCCUGGAGCGGGUGGUCAGCAUCGUCCGGCUCAAACCCUCCAAGCCCUGGAAAGGACGGAGGGUGGUCACCUGCCUCCUCUCCAUCUGGGCCUUGGCAGCUCUGGCUACCCUCCCGCUCAGCUACUACUUCAGCGUCAAGCCGCUGCCCACCAGGGGCCAGUUCUCAUCUUUCCUACUACCUUCUCCUAUUGGUAUCUGUGAUUUAUUGCUUGUUGUAUCUUGUGAUUGAUUGUAACUAUGAUCUAUGAUGUAUCACUUUGUUGUUGUAUGUACACUAAGAGUUUAUGCACCAGAGACAAAUUCCUUAUGUGUCCAAUCACACUUGGCUAAUAAAGAAUUCUCUUCUCUUCCCUUCCCUUCCCUUCUCUUCCAUUCCAUUCCAUUCCCUUCCAUUCCAUUCUUUUGAAGAGUGGUAGACUAUAUACAAUAACUAUGCCAAACUUAAUAAUUAACCUUUGCUUUAUUUACCAGAUAGUUCUUAUGUUAUUAUGAAACCAAUGGAAAGGUACAAAAAUAUUUCAUUCCAGGAUGACGCAAAUUAUCCACUGAUGAUGAGUCAAUAGUCAAAGGAAAACACUAGAUCCUGUAUAUCCAUACCUUUUCCUUACAUAUCUAAUUUUUGAGUUCCUUACUCACCAGGAAAAGUGAUAUUGAAAGUUGCCUACCAGUAAAAAAACCUCCAAAGUCAGAUUUUUCUUUCUCAGAAAAAAUUAUAGUUGAAGGGUUUUCUGCAAUCUUACAAAAGGAAGUCUAAAAUAUUUUAUGACUGUAGCCUAUGGGUCGUAAAGAUAUAUUUCAUGAAAUGUGCUCUUCUGUGUCUAAAGUAACUUGUCUCCCUAUUUUAUUUUUUACUUAUUUGUUAGGUUUCAUCCCACCUUUUAUACAAUGCUCAAGGCAGUUUACAGCACCGAAAAAGGCCCAUUACGAAAUGUUAAGAGUAGAAAAUCGUCAAAGUCAAGCCAAAAUUAAAAUCAGUAUCAAAAAUAAUUGCUAUCCUUUGAAUUCAAUUCAAUUCCCUUGAAUUGUUCGCCGCCCUGAGUCCUCCCAGAGAAGGGCGGCAUACAAAUAAUAAAAUACAAUACAAAUAAUAAAAUACAAAGUGAUCUAGAAAGCUUUCAUCUCUAACAUGGGUAAAGCAGAGAUAAAUUGGAUCAGAUUAACUCAGCCUGGUGGAAAUUAUGCAGAAAGGAUUUGGAUGAUGAAAUGGAGCCAAUUCUCUUUCCCCCAUCAAAAAAAAACCCCUGUCUCAGUCUGUCAAUAAGAAAACUUGAAAUCUAGCUUUUAUAACAGAAGAUGACUCACUUGGAGUUUACCUACAGGUGAAAUAUCUACAUACAUCAGCUGUCUUUGAACAACAAUAAUUCCAAGGAGGAACUGCUGGUAAAAACCAAGUUACGGAUGUUAUUUGAAAUGUAAACACAUGUAAGGCAAUUCACACACAAAAAAAGAUUUCUCUAAGAGAAUUGACACCUUUUGAAAUUUAUUUCUGAAAAUAAAUGGGGGGCUGGAACAGUUUGCUGAGCGACGAACACAACUAACUGCCUUUCUCUGCUGUGAAGAGUGAUAACCAUGAAUUAGCUUCACGCAAUGUUAACACUCUUAUCCAUUUAGCAGCAAUAGAACACACAACAUUUUAUAGUGUAGAAGAUGACAGUUCCUGUCCUGUUUGGCAACCAAAGAAGCAAUAGAUGAAAAAAGAAACAUAUCUGGGGUAUAUUUAGGAAUUCCUGGAUAGAGAGUCUAGGUCCCUCUAAAGGGUUUCAGACUGCACAAAAUUGUAUUUCGGCAACAUUCAUGGGUUUCCCAGUCCUGGUGUAGGGCAUGAAAAUUAAGGCGACAAGGUAGAUUUUAGGGAAGAAACUGAUAAAAAAGAUGGCGACUUGGAAGAGACGAGUUCGGUUCGGUUCGGAUUAGAGAUGGAGGGGACCCUGGAGGUCUUUUAGUCCAACCCCUUGCUCAAGCAGGAGACCCUAUACAAUUUCAGACAAAUUGUCCA